CUCUGAAGAAAUAUACAUAUCACUCAACCAUAUAUAACGCAGUGGUCAACGUGUUAAGGUGUUCCAAAAAAAAAAACAAAUCAUCAUAUUUGAACUAACGGCUAUUGGUUAAAACGUCAAAUAGAAAUGGCGAAUGCACAACCUCAGCAUUAUAAUAUUCGUUGGAACAACUACCAUUCAAAUUUGGUAGCAGUAUUCGACGAAUUUUUAAUAAAUGCAUCAUUCGCCGAUGUUACUCUAUUUUUGGAUGAUGGCCGAUGCUUGAAAUGUCACAAAGUGGUCCUAGCAGCCUGUUCUAAUUACUUUCAAGAUAUAUUUUUCAAAGAACCACAUAAACAUAUAGUAGUGGCACUGAAAGAUGUGAAAUAUGGUGAAAUUAAAAGUAUAUUGGAGUUCAUGUAUCGUGGUGAGAUACACGUGGCCCAUGAUCAAUUAUCAAAUUUAUUGAGAGUUGCUAAAUCUUUUCAAGUCAAGGGUUUACACGACAUCAACGAUUUUCAAAAUUUGCUAAUACCAAGAGAUUAUGCCACCAAUGCAGAGACUUCGGUGUCACCGCCAUAUUCUUCUCCACCAUUGUCACAACAACCAAUAUCCAACAUAACCAGCAGUAUCCCCCAUAACAAUAGACCAUCACCGCCACAUUCCACUGAAUUGGAUGCCACUUCGCAAGGACUUAUGAAAAGAUUGGAUCGUUAUAUACACUCUGGAGGAAUAUUCGAGUCAAGAACCUCAAAGUUUCUCCCUGGUCUACAGAAACCUGAAUGGAAACGUUACAAACAAUAUACUCGGGAGGACAUAAGCAAUGCAAUUGAAUCAGUUAAAUCAGGAACGAGUGCAUUGCAAGCAGCAAGAAUAUGGGGUGUCCCAUCACGAACACUUUACGACAAGGUAAAAAAAUUAGGAAUCACGAAUAAUCGGUCAUCAAAACGUAAUGCAGGCAGAUCAUCAAGUAGUGCAGAGUAUUCUUGUAAUUAUGGUGAAAAUUCGAAUUAUCCUACUAACAGUAGUUACGUAUCGGAAUGUGACGAUGAAACCGACAAUAGUCACAAUCAUCACGAGAAUAAUACUUCGAUGAUACAACAACCAGAGACUAGUAGUUAUUCUUCCCAUAUUACGGUAAAAAAUGAAUCGAACAAAUUAAAUAGGGAUAAUAGUAAUGAUCAAAAUAAUCUACACGAAGAUUCACUUAUGAUUAAAGAAGAAAAUGACGAACAAUAUUCUAAUUACGAUGAUGAAAUACAAGAUUUAUCAAUGCAUUCCAAAAAUAAUAAAACAAUAGCGACGUCUAACAUCAAUAAUAAAGAUUCAGAUAAUAUGAAUCAUAGCUAAUAAUAAUUGAUAUUUAACAUGUUAAACGCGAAUAACAAAUGAUGUUACGAGAAUUAUUGUUCAACAAAAAAGCAUCAAGAUAGUCAAAACAUAUCUCAUCGUGACGAGUUGUUCAGUUAAAGAUUAUAAACGAAACAUAUAACACAUAAUAUAUAUUGCAGU